AUGGAAAGGGUAAGUGCCAUUCUUGAUGAAUAUAAUAACGAGUACUCGGAGAUUUGGGAAGGAAAUUUAGGAACUGAGGACCUGGAUGAGUUGAACAGAUUAUAUCCCGGCUAUAGGGAAAUGAAUCCCGAAGAAAUGGACUCUGAAAUAGACAUUCUCCGAAGGAAGAUAACGGGUUCUGAGCAACCCGAAGAAAAAGAGGAUAUUAAAAGAGAAAUUGAGUACGUCAGUCAUCUAAAAAGAAUGAGGAUUUCUAGGAAUAAAGAAACAGAGGCCUAUUUAAACGCGACACAUGGUACUCUCAAGGAAGAGGUAAAAACAUUAGUAGUACUCAGAAGAAUAGCUAAGGCUGAAGUUAGAAGGAAUGACUACUCGGGAAAAAUAGAUAGGCUGAAGGGUAUUAUAGAAAACCUGGGUUUCGAUCCUAAUGAGCCCGAGGAAGAGUUAGAAGCAGAGGAAGAAGAACGUAGGAAAGAAGAAGUUAGGAAGAAGGAGGAAGAGGACCGUAGGAAGGCUGCUGAGUUAGAACGUAUGAGGCCUGCAGAAGAAGCUGCCGAACGUCAGAGAAAAGCUGAGGCUGAGCGUAAGGAAGCUGAGAUUAAAAUACUACAGGAAACCACCAGGGGUGAUAAGAAGAAAACAGAGUACUGGAAGAAAAAGCUCGAGGAAUGGGAAAAAGAAAAGUCUAAACCUAAGGAAGAACCUAAGAUCUUCCCAAAGAAACCUCAGGUUGAGGACGAACCUAAGGAACCCAAGAUAGAAAAGCCCUACAGAGGCAAGGAACCCAAAAAGGUCAGCAGAGGUAAGAAGACUGAGGAGCCUCUACCUGGGGUAGACACUGAAUGGAUAAAGGAUACUUUCAACUUUGAGAAUCUCCUAUUCCAGGUCGCAGAGGAUACUAUCCCAGAAGAUGAUCAACCUAUAUUUAGCGAUGAUAGUACAGAAAUCAUGUUGAAGGAUGUUAGGGAAGAUCUUACGAGGUAUGAAAGAUUCAAGUCAUGGGUUAAAGAUAACUUCGGAUUUGUGCUUGCAGGUAUUAUAGUGUCAGUUGCUGCUCUCCUUACAGCUAUUAUCAUACAAACUAGAAAACUAUCCUCAAUGACAGCAAACUCAACUCACAGAGGCGGAGGUCCUUCACCGUCACCAUUUCCUGAUAUAGUAAGCAAAUUGAUUAAAUUCAUAUCAUCAAACUUAUGGGUGGUAGCUGUAGGUAUCGGAAUAAUUUUACUUUACAUGAACAGCUAA